AUUGCGUUGCGCGACAGAGCAGGACAGAGCGUGUUCUGUUUUGUUUUCGUUUUUCAAACAAAUCUUCCCCCACUAGCAGCAGCAGCAACAACAAAAUUAGCCUUAAGAAAAGACCUGAACCAUACACAAAACGUACGUACUAGGGGCCUAAGGCUACGCUAUUUUGGUGCAAAGGAUUCGUUGGUGUGCCAUGGUUUAGAGAAGAUUUCCACCGCCCCAGUGUGUCCGGAUGUGCUGCGCGCCAAUGUCCGACUAUUGUACGAAAAUGGCUCUACUGGACGAUACUAACGGCAACACGGUCAACAUAAACAACCAACCGAGCGGGGAAGCGGGACCGGGGGACGGCGGCGGUGGUGGGAUGGCACCAGCAACCGGCGAUUCGGUCACAAUGCUCCACUCACCCUCAAACGACGAUCUGAGCCAAAGUUUGUCCGAGUACACGGACGCCGAUGAAAGCAUAUCAGCCCCAACCGAGCUGCUGGCAGAGUUUUUGUCAGCUAUUAUGAUUCGUGACUAUGUGAAUGCGCUCAAGUACUGCAAGCAGAUACUCCAGUACGAACCGAACAACACUACUGCGCGCGACUUUUAUCCACACAUUCUAUCGAAAAUAAGCGAAAUGCAGAAUAAUGAGCUAUCGGGCGAAAGCGAUGAAAACUACAACUUUAACUGUAGCUCCCCGCUAGCGUCGUCCGCCUCGUCACCCUCGUCCUGUUCCGUCUCGUCAUCGCCCGGUUCGUCCCGCUCGUCCCGUUCCGGUUCCUCCUCGUCCUCCUCGUCCGGGUGUGACAAUAUCGAUGAGGUGAUUAUGGUGUGCAGUAGCGAUAGUGACGAAUCGUCCGAAGCAUGCUGCUCGCUACCGGACUCGGUUGGCGAUGAGGCGAAGGGUGAGCCAAGGUCAGAGCCCGUAGGUGAGCGGCAGGUGGUAACGGCGGUCGGUGCGAUUCCUGCCACGGGUGGAUCCCGUUCGCUCAGUGACGCCAACACUUCCCAGUCGUACUCGAGCCUGUUGCUGGAGGAUGAGGAAAAGGAUCUUACCCUAUCGGACAUUUCGAACCUGAACAUCGAGGAGGAUGAAACAUCGAACGAUUGUGGCGGCUCGCUGGAAAACAGUUACACUCCGCUCGAUGUAAGUGCACCGCCGGUGGUGAAGCCGCCCGUCCCUACGACGAAUCUCGCAUCUGCCACGGUGUUUGCGUCGCGUAUUGUGGCCAUGCUGCGAGCUAAGGUAAUACCGUCCAAGGCGGCAGGAGAUUAAAGCAGAGACACAGAUCAUCCCGGUAUCGCAUUUUAGUUUAUAACGGAUCUCACUACCUGGUUUGGUAUGCCUACAUCGUUUCGUGUGCUAUCUAGUAAGUACAACACUAACGCUAAAUAUGAUUCUCGUACAAAAACAUCAAGAAAAGAAAAAAACUCUGAUACACUGACUAUAUAUAUGUAUGGAUAUGCGGCACCUAGGAAUAGUUUAUUAGAUUUUUAGUAUUUAUUUGGCCUUAUAUACGAGUUUUAGCGCUUUUAGGAGAUCUGUUUUUGAAGUAGAAAAAAAUUAAAAUUUAAGAUGCGUUUCCGCUUCCUACAUUCCCCGUCCAAUCAGCGUGUUUCCUUCGUGUGUGUGUGCGCGCAUGCUAGCAUUACGUUAACUUUCGCCAGCAACUUGUACUAUGGUGAUGUGCAGUGAUGGGUCAGAAUGAGUGAAUGAAUUAAUUCUUAGCAAUGACUGAGAUGAUUUAAAUCAUCACUAAGAGUAAUUUCAACUCACUUAUGAUUUAACUCUCCCUGCCAAAAAAUCACUCACUCACUUCGUUUAAACUCGCCCAUGAGUCAAAUAACACAUUGGUGAUUUAACUCUCCGUGCCGAAUAACCACUCACGACUAAAGUCUGAAUAAAGACCCUACCACUCACGGGCACUCACUUUUCGCUACUAAAUUACCCAAAGGUAAUUUGUUUACAAUUAACAUUUUACAAUUUUAAGCGACAUUUUACAAUUCUUAUUAAUAAAUUUAUUUAUUAAUAAUAUUAUUAUUAUUAUAAUAAUUAUUAUUAUUUAUUAUUACACUAAUUUUACACAUUUUAGCAAAACCUAUAACUUAACUGUAGGUAUCUCUAUUGCGAAAAGUGAGUUCCCGUGAGUGGCGGUCUUUAUCCCUGCACUCUCAUUACGUUUUUACUCACUCACUUCGUUUUAGCUCACUCAAUAUGUUUUAACUCACUGAGUACGUUUUAACUCACUCGUGGGUUUAACAUCGCUUUACUUUUUUUUUAUUUCAAACACAAAUUGUUUUGCACAACACGGCGGCUAAUAAAUAAAUAAAUAAAACAAAUUGGUUUGACCGAAAUCAUCUCUCACGAGUGAGUAAAACAAAGUGAAUGAGAUAAAAUAUAGUGAGUGAGUUAAAGUAUAAUGAGUGAGUUAAAACGUAGUGAGUGAGUUUAAACACGUGACGAGUCGGCACCGAGAGUUAAAUCACCAAUGAGUUAUUUAACUCACGAGAGAAUUAAAACACAGUGAGUAAGUGUUUAGUCGGUACGGAACUCUUAAAGAAUGAUUAUAAGAUUUAACUCACUCACUCUGAUGUAAUUUACGUUAACUGAGUGGUUAUAUCCAUCACUAUUGUACUGAGUGUAGAUUGGUGUGCUAUUUCGCAUUUUGCUCUUUCUUUCACUACUCUUAUACAUGCAGAAUUGUAUACCUUAUAUGCAGUCUUUUAAUUAUUUUAUGAAAAACUUGUGAGAAAGAGAAAACAGCGUGUAAAAUCAACGAGUGUAAACCUUGAAUAUUUGACGAAUUCCUGUUGCGAUCAAGCAAAUCAACGAGAAUAUUGAAUGGGAACAAGUAGAUCGACCUUAGGCUACAUUAGGUACGAACGGCUGACAAACCGAACAAAUGAAUACCUUUGCAUACCUAGUAAACAAUACAACCCGUAAUCCGUAACAAUCGUUUUUUCGUUACAUCCUCUAUUAAACACGGUCACGACACACACCUGCGUACCAGAUCUCUUAAAGACUUAGACGUACCUUACCCGGUACAGGUGUAUCCUUCAUUCGGGAAUGAGCAGAAAAACAGCAGCGCAAGGUGGUAUAGUAGUAAACAUUAUAAUCUUUGAACCUGCGAAAAAGAAUUACGGUAUCUACAUGGCAAACGAUACAAAAAUACAGAAAGGAAACAUAUUUUAUAGUAGUUAUAUAAGGAGUAUGUACUUGUUUUUUUUUUUGCAGAACAGAACAGCCAGAGAACAAACAAAGGGUACUAACCAUACAUAUUUGUGCACUAGUCAUCGUUGUAUAAUUGUGUGAAAAAUGAAUCGGGAAAAAACAAAUAAAAUCCAACAAUAAUUUCUGUGA